AUGGGCCCGCCGACCCCGGCCCUCCUCUUGCCGCUUCUCGCCGCGCUGAUCCGCGCCCCGGCACACGGCUUCAAUGGGCUGGCAAGAAAGACUGGGGAGAGUGCUGAGGCUGAAGGGGAGCCAACGGCACUGCCUACGCCAGCAGAGCGUGAGGCAGAGGCUCGCUUUGUGAGCACAGCGCCCACAUUGAAGCUCCUCAAUCACCACCCGCUGCUGGAAGACCUGCUGCAUGAAGCCUUCCUGAAGAAGGACUACCUGGGCCACGCACCCUUCCUGCCUGGUGGCCCCGGUCCCCUCCUGCCUGAUGCCAGUGUUCUCCAGCCAGCCCCUGGUCCUCCGGCCCCUGAGCCCCCGCCACGCACCCCCCUGCCCAGGGCUGCCUUCCCCACUGACCCACUGACCACACCAGCUGGGCACCCAGGGCCAUGGGGGGAGGCCUGGGGGGUUGUGCCGGGUGCUGUGCCGGGUGCCAACCCCUCAUGGUCCCCUGCUGGGGUGCCAGAGGCAAGUCCCACACCCCCCAGCCCAGCACCUGCCACCCCCAGCAUAUCCCCAGGACCUUACACAGCAGCCACUGCAGUCACUGGAGAUGAAGAGGGGGCCACCACCACCUCCACCAUCACCACCACCACCGUCACUACACUGCAGGGGCCAGUCCCCUGCAACCGGACACUGGCAGGCCCCGAGGGCUGGCUGGUGUCCCCAGAGCCAGCCAGUGUCCCCUAUGAUGGCAGCCUGGACUGUACCUACACCAUCUCUGUCUACCCUGGCUAUGGUGUGGAGCUCAAGGUGCAGAACAUCAGCCUGGUGGAUGGAGAGACACUGACGGUGGAGAGCUCGGGGGGCCUGGAGCCCACCCUCCUGGCCAACGAGUCCUUCCUGCUGCGGGGCCAGGUCAUCCGCAGCCCAGCCAACCUCCUCACCCUCCGCUUCCAGAGCCCCCGUCCCCUCAACCCUGGCUCUUACCACUUCCACUACCAAGCCUACUUGCUGAGCUGCCCCUUCCCAGCACGGCCAGCUUUCGGGGAAGUGUCAGUGAGCAGCCUGCACCCUGGCGGGGACGCCCGCUUUCGCUGUGCCACCGGCUACCAGCUGCAAGGCGCCCACCGGCUCACCUGCCGCAACGCCACCCGCCCCUUCUGGAGUGCCCGCGAGCCCCUCUGUCUCGCGGCGUGUGGUGGGGUGGUCCGGAAUGCCACGGUGGGACGCAUCAUCUCGCCCGGCUUCCCCGGGAACUACAGCAACAACUUGACGUGCCACUGGCUGCUGGAGGCGCCUGCCGGCCAUCGCCUGCACCUCCACUUUGAGAAGGUCUCAUUGGCUGAGGAUGAUGACAGGCUCAUAAUCCGCAAUGGCAACAAUGUGGAGGCACCACCAGUGUAUGACUCCUAUGAGGUGGAGUACCUGCCCAUCGAGGGGCUGCUCAGCACUGGGCAGCACUUCUUCGUGGAGCUCACCACAGACAGCAGUGGGGCUGCUGCGGGCAUGGCGCUGCGCUAUGAGGCCUUCGAGCAGGGACAUUGCUACGAGCCCUUUGUCAAGUAUGGGAACUUCACGGCCAGUGACCCCCGGUACCCUGUGGGCACCACAGUGGAGUUCAGCUGUGACCCUGGCUAUACGCUGGAGCAGGGCUCAACCAUCAUUGAGUGCGUUGACCCCAGUGACCCACAGUGGAAUGAGACGGAGCCAGCAUGUCGUGCGGUGUGCAGUGGGGAGCUGACAGACACGGCCGGCGUGGUGCUCUCACCCAACUGGCCGGAGGCGUACGGCAAGGGCCAGGACUGCAUCUGGGGGCUGCACGUGGAGGAGGACAAACGUGUUAUGCUGGACAUCCGUGUGCUGCGGUUGGGUGCGGGGGAUGUUCUGACCUUCUACGAUGGGGAUGACCUGACUGCACGUGUCCUGGGACAGUACACGGGCACCCGUGCCCGCUUCAAGCUCUACGCCUCCACCGCUGAUGUCACGAUCCAGUUCCAGUCAGACCCUGGUUCCGGUGCUGGUGCCUAUCGGCAGGGCUUUGUCAUCCACUUCUCCGAGGUCCCCCGUAAUGACACCUGCCCUGAGCUGCCAGACAUUGCCAAUGGCUGGAAAACAUCCUCGCAGCCAGAACUGCUUCAUGGCACCGUGGUCACCUACCAUUGCUACCCCGGCUUCCAGCUGUCUGGCACCGACCUCUUGAUGUGCCACUGGGACCUGACGUGGAGUGCUGACCUGCCCUCCUGCGAGCGGGUGACCUCGUGCAGGGACCCUGGGGACGCCGAGCACAGUCGCAGGGUGGUCUCCAGCCCUAAAUUCCCAGUGGGAGCAACCGUACAGUACGUCUGCGACAAGGGCUACAUCCUGGCAGGCGCUGGGACCCUCACCUGCCACGACCGUGCUGUGGGGGGACCCAAGUGGAGUGACCGUCUCCCAAAGUGCAUCCCGGAGACGUACGAGCCCUGCCACAACCCCGGUGCACCGGCGGGCGGGCGGCAGAGCCCUGAGAGGCGGCUGUACCCGGCGGGAGCCGUCUUGCGUUUCUCCUGCGCUGAAGGCCGGGCACUGCUGGGUGAGGGCAGCCUGCGCUGCCUGCCUGGGCACCCCUCACGCUGGAGCGGCUCACCUCCUAUCUGCAAGGCAGCCUCCUAUGAUGAGUUUUACAGCAACCGCAACCUGGAUGCAGUGGCCAAGGCUGUGCCCUCGGGGCCAGCGCUGGAGGGUACCAACGUCGCCAUUGCCAUCUUCCUGCCCGUGCUGGUGGUGGCCCUGCUCAUCGGUGGCAUUUAUCUCUACUUCUCCAAGCUCCAGGGGAAGCCAGCCCUGCAGCUGCCCCUUGCUGGCUCCCACCCCUACGACCACAUCACUGUGGAGUCAGCUUUUGACAACCCCACUUAUGAGACAGGAUCUGUUUUCUUUGCAGGAGACGAGGGAGUAUGA